UUUUUUAUUUAUUUAUUUUUUUUAAUAUGAUUAUGUUUUUCCCAAACAGGUCUGACAGAAUGUUGUUCUUAUUUGAGUUUCUAUUCUCUCCAUUGCCCACCUCGGCACUGAUGUUCUUGUUUGGGCUUGGUGCAGUCGCCCUGACUUAUCUCAACACCAGGCCCAAGCCCUUGCGGCCGCCUGUCAAUCUGAACAGACAGACUGUGGGCAUUGCGGGUGGAGCCAGGAAGAAUGCAAUUUUAAAAGAUGACAACUUAAUAUCCUAUUUAUAUGAGGAUGCCAAGACUCUAUAUGAGGUUUUCAAAAGGGGAUUACAUGCCUCAGGAAAUGGGCCUUGCUUGGGAUUCAGAAAGCCUGGGAAACCAUACCAAUGGCUGAAAUACAAACAGGUUUUGGAUAGGGCUGAGUACCUGGGCUCUGGACUGCUCCAGAGAGGACUGGAGCCCUCACCAAAAUCAUUCAUUGGCAUCUUUGCUCAAAACCGGCCAGAGUGGAUUAUCUCUGAACUGGCCUGCUAUACUUAUUCCAUGGUGGCAGUUCCUCUGUAUGAUACGCUGGGUCCUGAGGCACUUGUCUUCAUCAUUAACAGAGCCAAAAUAUCUACAGUACUUUGUGACAAGCAGGACAAAGUGGAGACUCUUCUCACUAACUGUGAGAAAAGUCUUACCCCUGUGCUCAAAACUAUCAUCGUUAUGGACCCAUUUGAUGCUGCAUUGACAGAACGAGCAUCCAAGUGUGCAGUGGAAAUCUUGAGUCUAAAGGAUGUGGAGGCUCUGGGGAAAGAUAAUCUUCAAAAGCCAAUACCACCAAAGCCAGAAGACUUGAGUAUUGUGUGCUUUACCAGUGGAACUACUGGUGAACCCAAGGGAGCCAUGUUAAGCCAUGAAAAUGUAGUGGCAGAUGCUGCUAGCUUUGUUAAAAGCUUUGAGAGUGCCUUCACACCACUUUCCACUGAUGUGUUGAUCUCAUUCCUGCCGCUGGCUCACAUGUUUGAGAGAGUCGUGCAGACAGUGCUGUAUGGUGUGGGCGGCAGGGUUGGCUUCUUCCAAGGAGACAUCAAACUGCUUACUAAUGACAUGAAAACCCUGAAGCCCACAAUUUUCCCAGUCGUUCCACGUCUUCUCAAUCGUGUAUAUGACAAGGUUCAAAGUGGGGCCCAGUCUCCAUUCAAGAAAUGGCUCCUGAACUUUGCCAUUGAAAGGAAACAUGCAGAGGUGAAGCAGGGCAUCAUCAGAAACAACAGCAUAUGGGACAAGUUCAUUUUUCACAAAGUGCAGGAAUCUCUUGGGGGAUCUGUGCGUGUGAUGGUGACAGGUGCUGCUCCCAUUUCACCUGCUGUGCUCAGCUUCCUCAGAGCAUGCCUCGGUUGCCAGAUAUUUGAGGCAUAUGGCCAAACUGAGUGCACAGCUGGCUGCACCAUCUCCUUGCCUGGGGACUGGACUACUGGACAUGUUGGAGUACCUGUUCCAUGUAAUGUGGUCAAACUAGUAGACGUCGAGGAGAUGAACUAUUUUGCAUCUAAUGAUGAAGGAGAGGUUUGUAUAAAAGGGAAGAAUGUGUUCUGUGGAUAUUUGAAUGAUCCAAAGAGGACAGCUGAGGCCCUCGACCAAGAUGGAUGGCUACAUACUGGAGACAUUGGCAAAUGGCUUCCGAAUGGAGUUUUGAAGAUCAUUGACCGAAAGAAGAACAUUUUCAAACUGGCCCAAGGUGAAUACAUUGCUCCUGAAAAGAUAGAGAAUGUAUACAUUCGAUGUGGUUCAGUUGCUCAAGUAUUUGUUCAUGGGGACAGUUUGCAGUCCUGCUUAGUGGCCAUUGUGGUGCCGGAUGCUGAGAUACUACCUGGUUUGGCUGAGAAGCUUGGAGUUAAGGGUUCAUUUGAGGAACUAUGUAGAAACCAGCAAAUUAAGAAGGCUAUCCUCUCUGACCUUAUAAAGCUGGGACGUGAAGCAGGGCUGAAAUCCUUUGAACAAGUGAAAGACCUGCAUCUCCACCCUGAGCAGUUCACUAUAGAGAACGGCCUUCUGACGCCAACGCUUAAGGCUAAAAGAGGUGAUCUCAGCAAGUUCUUCAAAGACGAGAUUGAAAGCCUUUACGCUAAACUGCAGUGAUGCAUCAACAAAGGCCAUAUGGAAUAAGUUCCAGUGACCUACGGACCAACUCGGAGAACCAAAUGAAUGUACACCAUAAAGCAGG